AUGAUCUACCCAGUUUUUGAUCAGAAACACGCUUACAAGCCUAUGCGAUUCGGUGUACUGCUUCUAGUCUAUCUUUGUGUUAGAGAAGGUCAAGCGAUCCUGUUCUUUCCCUCACUGUUGCCGUCCUUGGAUCAAAGAGACGCCGAGAUCACCUACAAUGAAGAAUUGGAAUUCCAUAACUAUCAGAAUAGUGGUCCAGUUAUUGUGGAUAACCGUGGACAUUCAGGUCACAUCAAGGGUUUCCUCACAUGGGACGAACCGCCUUACUUCACUGGAGGCGGAGGCAACUCGAGCGGAAAAUAUUUUCUCCGACAAUUACACUUUCACUGGAACAGUGAGCACACUUUCAAUGGACUACGUUACCCACUUGAGCUACACCUUGUACACUUCCGCGAAGGUUUUAAGCCGAAUGUCUACGAUAUUCCCAGCUCCAUCUCCGUGGUUGCUGUGCCAUUCCUGAUCGUUGAAGAAAGACUUGCAGGAAUCGACGAUCUUCUGACUGCUAUAAAUAGCUUCGGUGCUAUAGAGCCAGUAACAUCGUUCAACCCAUCUGUGCUGUUGCCAAAUGAUCGCAUAACAUAUUACAAAUACACAGGAUCAUUGACAACACCUCCUUGCUCAGAAGAUGUUACAUGGUUUGUGUUUCCCGAACCGAAGUUGAUCUCCGCUAAACAGGUAAAAGAUGUUCGAGGUAUCGGGGUAAAGAGAUACCUCUUUAGAACGAACUUAUCUGAUCAGAAACAAUUUGAGCCUGUCCGUUUGGUCUUAUAA